CAAUCUACCCCCUGCGAAGAUCUGAACAGGACUGGAGUCGUUUUCUGAUCGCCAUUUUCUUUUUGCUCCAACAGACAGGCAACUUGGAUCAGUAAAUGUAUGCCAAUACUUAGUGAAAACUAAAACACUAACCAAUAUCAUGCUGGUUAAGGUGAAACUUGGGGAUGCCCAAAAAUUUGUCAAGAUAACUGAGCUGAGCCUGGAGGAAUUACUAUCUGCUGCAUUUUUAAAGUUUGGUGUCCCAGCUGUACCAGAGAAUGUGAAGGUUUUUGAUGAGUCAGGGACUGAGGUGGAUGGUGAUGUUUUUGAGGAUGUAGUCAGAGAUCCCUCAGUUGGAGUUCUUACCAUAAAACAUGGUGCAGACUUGGAUUCUGCUUCUCCACAAGCCUUUCAUGAACAGUCAAAUCGGUCCCGCACUCCAUCCAUGGACUCCAGUGACUCACAGGACACAGUCAUUAUUGAAGAAACUUCCUCAAGUAAACGAAUGAGGCUAGACGAAGAAGCUAAAAAGAAACCUGGUGGGGAGUGUAUAAUAACUGAGUACAACCGAACUAAGUCUUUGGGGGAUGAAACAAGGAGGAAAAUGGUUAACAUCUUGGCAGCUCACAUGACAGAAAAGAAUGGUACAUCACCAACAAGGCAGGUGAAAGAAAAAUAUGCCAGAGGAAUUGUGGCUUUGUUCCCGUACCUCAGUGACCCCUUUUCCAAAAAUGGCUACGAACAUUACUAUGAUGGCGAAAGCGGUACUGGGUACUUGGCAUGGAGAAUCAAAACUAUACAGAGAGGCUUAGCUAAAGAACGACGUGCAUCAUUUGAAGGAACGUCUACUGAAGGGGGGUCUGGUGGUCCAACUGUAAGACGGCAGUCAGAGUUUAAUUCAGAGACCAUCUUGAGUGAGGAUGAAUGCAAGAAAGCAAUUGCAUUCAUGAGCCAUUCUUCUGAUGAGGACGCCAUCAAGAAGAAAAUGAAAUUGACAUUCGACUAUCGCCGCAACAUGGUUCUUGACCCCAUGCAGUCAAGUGAUAUAUUGAUGGUCUUUCCACGAUUCAAAGACAUUAAAGGCUUGAUUGAGCAAAACUUUGUUCUGAUGUUUGGAGAAGGAGUGUCAGGAAAGCUACUGGAGAACUGGACCACUGCAUUCAAGAAAAAAGUGAUUCAGCAGUGCAAAAAGCUUCCCAGCACCAGUGAUUUGGAAGAACUUCUACUAGCAGCUGAAUCUUCUACUGGUGACUCAGAAGAGGGUGCUAGUUUUGGUAAGAUGUUUAAGAUAAAUUUUUCACUUGAAAUAUUACUUUGA